AUGAAAGCUCAGUCAAAUUCCCACCCGCCCGCUAGCUCCCGUCCACUCCCCUGGGCAGUUGGCUGUGCCCAAGAAAACGAAAUUAAAUCCUCACUGACCUGCCUGAACGUGGGCAGUGGGCGGUGCCCAAGAGAAAUCAUCCAAAUUCCCACUGGCAGCUCGCUUGUGGGUGCUCUCCUGCGCGGAAAUAAUUUAAAUAUGUCCCAAUCAAAGAAAGAAGGAUGGGAGUCAUCAGAAGAUCUGAGAAGACAGCUUGGACUUUUAAAAUCAGAAUGUUUACUGCAAAGUACCCUUACUGGCAUUAAAAUUAAAAAAUAUUCGAAGAAAAUAGAGGACCUAAUAAACACGGAGAAGGCCAAGGAAAGUACAAAGAAAGUUCUACAGAGAUACAGAUUAUCAGGAAAUUGCCAUGUGAUUACAUUUCAUCUUGAGUUUCAGGUUCUGGAAAUUCAGAAUCAUAAAGAGUUAUCUUCUGUAAUUACUGACCUGAAUAUAAUAAUGGAACCCAAAGAGUAUCCAGAAUUGAAUGAAUUUGUCUCUAGAGUGGAAGAAAGAAGAGAUCUUUUCAUGUUUUUCAAGAGUCUACACUUUUUUGUGGAAUGGUGUGAAUAUCGAAAACACACAUUUACACAUUUCAAGGAAAAAUAUCCAGAUGUUGUCUACCUCUCUGAAGGUGCCGCCUGUAACUGCAUGAGGAUCCAGAGCACCAGACAGCCUGAAUUUGAAUUAAUAAUUGUUUGGAGGAUACAAGUAGAUGACAAAGGGAAAGUUCUGCCAAAGCUGGAUCUUUUAACCAAAAUCCCACAACAAGCUAGGAAACGGGAUAAGAAGGAAGUCCAGAAACGUGCUCCUGUCUGCUUCCGCACCCUGCUGGGGGUACUUGGAAUUGAAGCCUCUCUAGAAAGCCUGAUAAAAUUGUUUCUCAGCACAAAAGAAUGA